AUGAUUCCAAGUACUGCAGCUACGAAACGAAAUUAUUACAUGGCCAAGGUCGAUCCAACUGAAGCAAACCUUCUUUCUAUGGUCGAAAAGCGAGAAGUGCAGGAUGCUGUGAUGUUGUACGAACGUAUGCGAGGCGAGAACAUGGAAGUUUCUCAGGAAACUCAGAUGGAACUCUUCAAACUGGUUACGUAUUAUAAUGGCAAAAACGUUCCCUUUUCUGAGUGGGAAGAAUGGCAUGGCAUGCGCACCUUUGGUGAAAAUGAGCCAAGCACUUGGACCCAGGGUGGGAUUGCCGAUCUUCUGUAUGAAGUACUCCCGCACACUCCUGAAACAACCUCAAUUAUGAUUGCUGGGUUGGCCAAAUUUGCCACCGACGAAAGCGUAUCUAGAGCAAAGGAACUAUACAAGGAAUUGUCUUCGAAAAGCACUCCGCAUGCGCAAGCGUAUGACGCUUUGAUGACGGUUUCUAAUUGGAAAGAUGCCCAGACUCUAAUGAAAGAAAUGGCUGCGAAGAAGGUGAAGCCAUCGCUGUCUACGUGGAACUGCCUACUCACUGCAGCUGGGAAGAGCAACGUAACCGAGCGGCUUACAGCGUUCGAAAAAAUCUUGGGUGAAAUGAGCGCAGUCGGUGUGACCCCAAGUUUAUCAACCUACCACGUAUUACUGAGCAGCAUCAUCCAAAAUUUGCCUUCAUAUGAAGACAAAGGCUCUGAGAAGAAAAGGGAUGCAGCUUUG